AAAUUCCUAGAUUUUUUAUGAUACUAUUAUAUUAUUUCAUUAAUUGUCAUGUAAUUUUUUAAUUAUUAAUUAACUGUGUUAAUAUAAUUUAAAUAUUUGCUAUUUGUAUAUUUAUUUAUUUUAAAACUGUUAAUAUUUUAAUGUUAUUUAUAAGACUAGUCUAAGAAUAUAUAUUUAGGAUGGUACCUGUUGGACCAAAUUCUCAAAUUGGCGGUCAAAGUAUGCAACCGGCUAGAGAUAGAGAAAAGUCAUCAAGCAAUAAACCAAACUAUACUCUGAAAUUCACUUUAGCUGGUCACACUAAGGCUGUAUCAUCAGUUAAAUUCAGCCCCAAUGGAGAAUGGCUUGCUAGCUCAUCUGCCGAUAAAUUGAUUAAAAUUUGGGGUGCAUAUGAUGGAAAAUUUGAAAAAACAAUUUCUGGCCACAAAUUAGGCAUUAGUGAUGUUAGUUGGUCUUCAGAUAGUAGAUUGUUAGUUUCAGCAUCUGAUGAUAAAACACUCAAAGUGUGGGAGUUAAGUUCGGGAAAAUGUGUUAAAACACUAAAAGGACAUAGCAAUUAUGUAUUCUGUUGCAAUUUCAAUCCACAGUCAAAUCUUAUUGCUUCAGGAUCUUUUGAUGAAAGUGUUCGCAUAUGGGAAGUAAAAAGUGGCAAAUGCUUGAAAACGCUACCAGCUCAUUCUGAUCCAGUUAGUGCAGUUCAUUUUAACAGAGAUGGUUCAUUAGUUGUUUCUAGUAGUUAUGAUGGCUUAUGCCGUAUUUGGGAUACUGCUAGUGGUCAAUGUCUCAAAACAUUAAUUGAUGAUGAUAAUCCACCUGUUUCUUUUGUUAAAUUUUCACCAAAUGGAAAGUAUAUACUUGCUGCUACAUUAGAUAACACCUUAAAAUUAUGGGAUUAUACUAAAGGAAAAUGUUUAAAGACUUAUGUUGGACACAAAAAUGAAAAAUAUUGUAUAUUUGCCAACUUCUCUGUAACUGGUGGAAAAUGGAUUGUUUCGGGAUCUGAAGAUAAUAUGGUUUACAUAUGGAACCUUCAGUCUAAAGAAAUAGUUCAGAAGUUGCAAGGACAUACAGAUGUUGUCUUGUGUACGUCUUGUCAUCCAACAGCCAAUAUAAUAGCAUCUGCAGCUUUGGAAAAUGAUAAAACAAUUAAGCUAUGGAAAAGUGACACUUAACUAUUAUGAUUUUAAUUUAUUUAUUGACUGUUGUAAGUAAGAAUUGUAUUGAAAAUUCAUUUCUUUUACAUUUUCUUACAUCUUAUAAUUUUACUGUAAAAAAUUUCAUAAAUAGUGGUAGAUGUAUUGCUUUUUCUUUGUCUUUUAUUUUUACAGUUAUUGCUAUAACACCCACUGUUUCGUUGGUUAGAUAAGAUUAUAAAAUACCUAUCGGAAAUUGUUUUACUAUUUGUAAAAUAAAAUUAAUUUCUAUUUCUUUUAAAUUUUAAUGUUGGAAAUUUUCGCAUUACUGUAAAAGUAAAAAAAAAAAAAUUUACCUUGUUUCUUCGUGAACAAUAACCAGGAAAAAGUGUACUUAAAAAAUGAUAUUUAAAAAAAUAUAUAUAUAAUUAGUUUUAUGAGGUUUUUCAUGAUUUUGUGAAUAAUUUUGGCUAUACAUAGAAACUAAUAUUUACAUUCUUCUAUUGCAUUUCAAAACUGAAAAAACAAAUUUAGAAUAUAUCUCAUUUUAUUAUAUAUGUAUUGAUAUUAAUAUUUUAUUUUUAUAAGUCAGUUAAUGGAAAUGACACAUCUUUUAUACUUUUUUAAACAGCUUUUUUUUGUGUUUACUAUAAAAAAAACUUAGUACGAAACUUUUCUCCCUUAAAAAUAAUUACAAACAGGACCCGUUAUUAUUGUACAA